CCAAAGAGGAACCCUUUGGUGGCAUGCUCACAUUGCUUGGCAGCGAGCAACCAUCUAUGGUGCAAUUAUCAUAUACCCUCGUAUGCCUUACCCAUUCUCAACUCCAAUCGAAGCAGAAAUCCCUAUAAUAUUCGGAGAAUGGUGGAAUUUACCUGUUGAAGGAAUAGAAACUGAAAUGAACAAGUAUGGUAAUGGUCCGAACUCAUCAGAUGCUUAUACAAUUAAUGGUUUGCCUGGAUCACUCUACCCAUGCUCCAUUAGAGAUACUUUUGUCCAGACUGUGGAACGCGGGAAGACGUACAUGCUUAGAAUCAUUAACGCAGCCCUUAACGAUGAGCUCUUCUUCGCCAUAGCCAACCAUACACUUACAGUCGUUGAAAUCGAUGCCUCUUACACCAAACCCUUUACCACCGAAGCCAUCAUGAUCACUCCCGGUCAAACUUCCACUGUGCUCUUCACUGCAAAUCAAGUCAAACAUGACUCAACUGGAUUGUUUGUCAUGGCAGCCAGGCCUUACCUCACCACUGUAUUCCCUUUCGACAACACUACCACAAUUGGUUUCUUUAAAUACAAAGGAACCCUUGCUGAAAAUAUGGCUCUCCCUGAACCAUAUAAAGUUCGUUUGCCUUACCAUCUUCCUCGUAUGGAAGAUCAUGCAUUUGCAAUAAGUUUUUCAAAUCAACUUCGGAGUCUUGGAACCCCUAAGUACCCUUGUAGUGUACCAAAAAGAAUAGAUAAAAGAGUUGUCAUCACCAUAAGUCUUAAUCUUCAAGAUUGUCCUGUUAACCAAACAUGCAAAGGGUAUAACGGGAAGAGAUUUGCAGCUUCUAUGAACAACCAGUCCUUUAUCCGUCCCUUAACCUCCAUACUUGACUGGCAUUACCGUCAAUAUUCUUCUACGCAGUACUCUUACGACUUCCCACAAAAGCCACCACAUGUUUUUGACUAUACUGGAGUGGAUCCAAUGACACAUAACCUAAAUCCAAAUUUUGGUACAAAGCUGUUUGCAGUGGAAUACGGGACUAUGUUAGAAAUUGUGCUGCAAGACACGAGUUUCCUUAACUUGGAAAAUCACCCAAUUCAUAUCCAUGGUCAUAACUUUUUCAUCGUGGGUACAGGGUUUGGGAAUUAUGAUGCUGAGAAAGAUACUGGCAGUUAUAACCUUGUGGACCCCCCUGAGAGGAACACUGUUGCUGUACCAAUGGGGGGAUGGGCUGCUGUUAGAAUUAAUGCCGACAAUCCAGGGGUAUGGUUUAUGCAUUGUCAUCUUGAAGAGCAUACUUCAUGGGGUCUUGCUGCAGGUUUCAUUGUGAAAAAUGGUGCAAAGCCAUAUCAAAAAUUGCUUCCUCCACCUAAUGAUCUUCCAGCAUGUUGACUUGCAUACUUGCUAGUUUCUAUAUACAACAAUAGGUUUUUAGCUUCCUGAACCUUUUCAGGUCAAUAGCAGAGUAAGUUCUCGACUUCUGUUAAUAGAAAAGUAUUAAACAGAUGUUGUAUAAUUUCCC